AUGAGGAAAACAGUAACACCAAUCCGUUUAUUAUCUGACGGUAUUCGUGUCAAAGAUAAAUGGAAUAGUUUGAUCUCCAAUCUUGAAAUUGAACCAACAAACAGUGCCGGCCCACUAUCUGGAACCACCUAUAUAGUGAAGGACAAUAUAGUCACAAACCAUGGUUAUACCACUGCUGCGUCUAAAAUACUAUCUAAUUACGAAUCACCUUUUAAUGCCACAAUACUAGACUUGUUGUCAAAUAAUGGUUCGAAACUAAUAGGUAAAUCAAACUUGGAUGAAUUCGGUAUGGGAUCAGCAAACUAUAAUUCAUACUUUAACAAAGUGAUUAAUCCCUAUGAUGAUACGAAAGUUCCCGGUGGCUCUUCUGGUGGCUCUGCUGCUUCUGUUGCUGGGAAAAUGUGUUCAUUCAGUAUUGGCACUGAUACAGGAGGAUCGGUGCGGUUGCCAGCAAGCUAUUGUAACGUAUUUGGAUUUAAACCUACUUAUGGUCGAAUUUCUAGAUGGGGAGUUAUACCUUACGCCCAGACAUUAGAUACAGUGGGAAUUAUAGGUGACAAUGUCAAUAUUAUAAAACGUGUUUAUGAUGUGCUUAAUAGGUGUGAUAAUAAAGAUCCCACUUGUUUGCCUGAGGAUGUUAGAAAGAAAAUUCCAACCACUGAAAAGAAAAUAUUGACCAUUGGGGUUCCAAAUGAGUUUGUGUUGAAAGAAUUAUCUGCCGAUGUUAGAGAAGCCUGGGAAUACGCACUUACCAAAAUAUGUGAAUUAGGGCAUUCAGUGAAGCCUAUAACUAUAAAGACUAUUAAGAAGGCAUUACCAUCAUACUAUACUUUAGCAACUGCUGAAGCUGCGUCAAAUCUUUCAAGAUAUGAUGGCAUAAGAUACGGGUAUAACACUAACGAAAUGGUUCAUUCGCCCAUAGAAUUAAUUGCAACCAAUAGAUCAAACGGUUUUGGUAGUGAAGUGCAGAGACGUAUUUUAUUAGGAAACUAUACCUUGUCUUCUGACUCUGGGGACCAUUAUUUGAGAGCUACCCAAAUUCGAGAGGAAUUGUGUGCAGAAUUCUCCUCAGUUUUCAACAAUUCUCAUGUAUUGCUUCAGGAUGAACAAUCACUGAACAAUGUAGAUUUGAUAAUGUCACCAACAUCAACAAGCACAGCACCUACGUGGGACGAAUAUGUUUCAGCAAAUGAGAAGAAUUUCUUAAACAGUUAUGUAAAUGACGUCCUAACGGUCCCCGCAUCCUUAGCAGGGAUUCCAGCAAUAUCUGUACCGGUCAAUGGGAUCGGGAUUCAAUUGAUGGGACAAUUUGGUGACGAUGACUUGGUUUUACAAUUGGCUGAUCAAAUCUAG